CGUGGCGAUGUGACGUACAAGGUUCCACUUUGGGUCUGCUGUCUGGAAAGACUGUGGCAGUCAAGGACAACUGUGCUGUGGCCGGGGUGCCCAUGUCUAACGGCAGUCGUCUGCUGGAGGGCUUCGUGCCUGAGUAUGACGCCACUGUGGUCACUCGCAUUCUGGACGCUGGUGUGUCAGUAAUGUCGGUGGCGCAGCGGGAGGUGGACAUGGCUGUAGCGACCGACCAGGGCGGUUCCAUCCGGAUCCCGUCUGCCUGGUCCGGCUGCGUGGGCCUGAAGCCUAGCCACGGGCUGGUGCCUUACACAGGCUGCAUCAACACAGAGCCCACGGUGGACCACGCCGGGCCCAUAGCCCUCACCGUCUCUCACUGUGCUCUCAUGCUCGAGGUCAUGGCGGGAGCAGAUGGGUUGGACGGACGUCAGAAAAACGUGUUAAAGAUACCAAAGUACUCUCAGUUGCUGGACUCCACCAAGGUGUCUGGCAAAACUCUGGGUGUACUCAAGGAAGGUUUCUCUCUGUGUGCGGAGGACAGUCAGCGCUGUGUCAGUGACUUCCUCUCCACCGUCAGCAAGGCAAAGCUCCACACCAAAGACGUCUCUUGCUACAAUUACAUGAGAUUAUGUUACCGCUCACCAGCCUGUAGCUACCACGUACAGGGCUACAGCCCCACCAGCCUGGAGGCGGCAGUACGCCGCGGCCUACAACAGCCCUCCACGCCCUUCUCCACCGGCGCCAAAUGGUUCACCCUGGCCGGGGAGCUGAUACAGCGUCGCUAUGGCAACCAUUACCCCGCGAAGGCCCGGAACCUGAUACUGAAGCUCUCUGCUCAGUACGACUCCGCCUUGAAGGGGUGUGACGUCAUUGUCAUGCCAACCCUGACGCACCGGGCGCCUGGGUUCAUAGGUCAGACUGACAGCCCUACAAAGGAUGCUUUAGACUUCGUGUCUCAAAGCCUGGACAUGAGUGGCAACACGGUGGCAGCCAACAUGACGGGGCACCCGGCCUUGACCUUACCUCUAGGGAAACCUGGCGAUGGGCAGACGGACAGCGUGAUGAUCGUGGGCCGGAGGUAUGACGAGGUGACCGUUCUAGCGGUGGCCAGGGCCUUAGAGAGGAUCAUCCCCGCUCGAGACGGGCUGAACUGAUGUCAUUGACGUCAAACACAAUAGGACAGGCUUGUAGUUUGACAUCAUAAACUACAGGACAAGCUGAUACCUUUGACGUUAUACACAAUAGGACAGGCUGAUACCUUUGACGUCAUACACAACAGGACAAGUUAAUACCUUUGACGUCAUUCACAAUAGAACAGGUUGAUACCUUUGACGUCACUCACAACUGGACAGACUUGUAGGCCUACAUCCUACACAAUAGGACAGACUAUUACCAAUGACGUCAUAAGCAAAAGGACAUGUAGAUACCAUUAACAUUAUCCACAAUAGAACACACUAAUACUAUGGACGAGGCACACAAUAAGUCAGACUUAUAGCAUUCACCAUACAUACAAUUCUGACUGUAAACAUAGGUGUAUUAAGUGAAUUUCCCUAGAAAAAAACUUAAAUGUAUUGCACCCGCCCGCUAUUAAGCAGAUUUUCCCCCCUCUGUCUGUGAUAUUUAAUGUGAAAUUUAAGCCGAAUUACACUAUUUAUUCUCUCAUGAGCCAGAUUUGAAAUGAAGACCAGCGGAAUAAAAAUGUUUUGUCAAGAUGCCAUAAGCAUGUGAAUGCGUGAGGUGUGUUUUAAUAUCACAGAAAUUUUGAAAUUUCGUUUACCCCUAAGUGUACCUUACAAACACACAUGCCUUUCUCACGUAUGUUCUCUCUACCUCGGGUAUCUUUUGUGGAAUGGCAACUGACUCUUUGUUGUUCCAUGCAGAAGACGUG